GGUCUAUUAAUAGCUGAUCCCACAGAGUCAGACCCGGCCCAGCACGUCCUCCACCGCUGCACCACCAUGCCCGGCAGCCAGGCCCAAUUCCGGGCCAGAGACCGCAACAAUGUCCUGAACCGGCCCGAGUUUCUGUCCCUGAACCAGCCAUCCCGCCGGGAACAGGCGGUGGGGGAGGGACGGGGGGGCGGAGGUCCGAGGAGACCUGUGUUCAGACAGCAGAGUCAGCAGGACAGCACAGGGGGGAGGGGGGCCAGAGAGUCCUCCGAGAGCGGUCCAACUGCUGACAGCGGCGGUGCGAAGGAUGCCUCCCGCUGGCCGGAGCAGGACUGCAUGCAGCUUAACCCGUCUUUCAAAGGUAUCGCCAUCAGCUCUCUGCUCGCCAUUGACAUCAGUCUCUCAAAGCGUCUAGGGGUCUGCGUGGGAGCCCGCGGCUCCGGGGCCCCGCUCCGCCCCAUGAUCACCUUGCUGGCCCUCACUGGCCACGCCCUCCCCUGGAUCUGUGGCACCCUAAUCUGCCUGUGGAGGAGCAGCACGCUGGCUGGACAGGAAGUGCUUGUCAACCUGUUGCUGGCGCUGAUACUAGAUGUGAUGACGGUUGCUGGGAUGCAGAAGUUGGUCAAACGUCGGGGACCGUGGGAUUUCCCGCCAACCUUUUUUGACUACAUUGCCAUGGAUAUGUACUCGUUCCCAGCAGCCCACGCCAGUCGGGCCGUCAUGGUGUCCAAGUUUCUGCUGAACCACCUGGUGCUGGCGGUGCCUCUGAGGAUCCUACUCUGCCUGUGGGCCUUCCUGGUGGGCGUGUCUCGGGUGUUGCUGGGGAAACACCACCUGUCAGACGUAGGUUGCGGCUUUGCACUUGGCUUCCUGCACUUCAGCCUGGUGGAGUCGGUGUGGCUGGACUCGGCCACCUGCCAGACGCUCAUCUCCAUCGGCACGCUGGGCUGGACUCUGGUCUGACCUGGUCCAGACUGGUUCUGCUGCAGACUCGGGUCCAGCUUCGCUGGGUUUUUCUGCCUUCCAUCAGCUCAGUGCUGCUGACAGGAGGCAGGAGCCAUGUGGUCCCAACUGUGGAGGACCUGAGGAGGGCUCGUAGGAAUGUUUGAGUCACAGGUACUGAAACAGGAAGUGUCUGCAGUCCCACGUCCUGUGGGCUUUUCUUUCUUGCCACCAUCUCAGAUUCUUCAGUAAAAUUUUGUUGAAGUUUUUUUCAUGUCAGAAACCGAGUUUGGACUUUCAUUCUGCUAAUGUUGAAUUUUAUUUGAAGAAUGUCCUCGGCUGUUUGAAGCUUCAUAGUUUUUGCAUUGUUCACUGAGAACAGAGUUCACAACAAAAGCUGAAGGUUGCUCCUCAGAGCUAAAGCUCGGGUGUUAUAAUGGCGCUACAGAUUCUCUUUUCGGGGAAGUUUUCCCAAAACGAUUGUGUUGACUGUCUCAUCAAAUCUCAGAAACUUUCGAACAGGUGCUGAUUAUGUAUCUGAAAGUGUGACGAUGCCAGAUUGUAUAAGAAAGGCUGACUCGUGAAGUGCAAACAAACCUCUCAGGUUCAGACUCCUUCAAACUCUUUUCUUUUCCUGAUGAGUCGGCAUCAGCUCGAUAAGUGUUUGUCAGCAUGGUGAAUACCUACAGAAGCAUUCACAGAAAUACGCCGCGACUGUAAGGCUGCCAUCGUGUCCCACAACAAGCAGCUAAUGAGGGCAAUAUUUAUCAAAGACAUGAACUUUGAUCUUAACCCCUAACAGCAUCCACGUCUCUGUUUGCACUGCUGUGGUUUAGCAGGUUUACAAUUUGUUUUCAGAAUCUCCACAAGAACAGGCCUGCCUGAGUCUUCCAGAAACGGUCCAAUCAGAAGAACCUUAAAGGGGAGGAGCUAAAUCAGCUUGUUUAGGACAAGGGAUGAAGGGAGGGGCUGCACCAUGCCUAGUGUGAACUGUGACUCAUGCAAAGCUGCUUUAUUAGACUUCACGUAUAGAUUUAAAGAAUGGAAGUGAGCCCAACAUCGCCUCCUCAGACAAACUUUUUAUUAAAACAAAAAAUUGUCCAAGUUUUUCUUCUGUUCUAAACGCUGUUAUCGGAGCGCCGUCUUUAUGCAGAUUAUACCCUGAUCUGUAUUGCUCUGUUUCUCUGUGUAAAACAUCCCGGAUCUUAAACUUGAGCUUUCCCUUUUCCUUUUGUUAGUGUCUGUCAAACAGUAUUUCAGCUAAAAACAUUAUAUUUAACUCUUCAAAGUUCAAAUACAGAGAGUUCAUGAUUCUAGAUGAAAAUGAAGAAAUGAGAAUUCACCAUGUUUCAUCUGAAGGUUUCUGUAGUUUUUCUGCCCCCACAUUGGCUAGUUUGUCCUAAAGCUGAGAUGAUGAAACAUGUCAAGUUUAAACUAUGCAUCUGUUCAGAGUUGCUAAAUAAAACCUGUUUGUUGCCUAAA